AUGGCUUACUAUCUUGUGACCCUUUGCUGCGUCUUCGCAACGCUGGGCUCCUUUCUCUUUGGUUACGAUUCCGGUGUAAUUUCGUCCACCCUUGACCAAGAGGAUUUUCAGAAUCGCUUUAAUCAUCCCUCUGACGCCGCCACGGGUGGUAUAGUCGCUUCUUACAAUGGGGGCGCAAUUCUAGGUUCCGUUCUGGUCUCAUACAUCUCUGAUCCGUAUGGACGGCGUCCCGUCAUCUUCAUUGGAGGCCUUCUGGGAAGCUUGGGGGCAGCAUUGCAAGCUGGUGCCGUAACUGUCGCCAUGCUCAUUGCAGGCCGAUUGAUUGCUGGUUUGGCUGUAGGCUUGAUGUCAUCUGCCAUUCCAGUUUACUGUAGUGAGGUUUCUCCUCCCCAUAUACGCGGCUUUUUGGGCUCCAUGCAACAAUGGAUGAUCGGGUUGGGGAUUGUCGUCGCUCAAUGGACUGGAUAUGGCUGCUCCCUUCACACCGGUGCCAUCACCUGGAGACUCCCAUUGGCCAUCCAAGCUGUUCCCGCCGUAAUCCUCUGUGGUGGUGUUUGGUGUCUUCCCGAGUCUCCACGCUGGCUGAUCGAGAAAGGCCAUACUGAAGCCGGUCGAGAGGUCCUUUCUCGUUUACAUCUAAACCGGGACAGGUCGAAUAUUCAGAUGAUUGACGCUGAGAUCGCCCAAAUCAACGACAGCAUCGCCGAAGAACGACGUUCUGCCGUGCACUCCUGGCGUGAGCUGCUAUCCCAGGCUCGCUGGCGCCAUCGCCUGUUACUGGCAUGCGGUAUUCAAGCGUUCACCCAAUGCUCAGGUACCAACAUCAUCUCGAACUACAAUCCAGGCCUGUACAGGACGCUAGGACUGGAGGGCACAACCCCGCUCAUGCUCCAAGGGAUAUGGGGAGCCCUAGCUCAGUUUUGGAAUACCGUGUUCAUGCUUUUCAUUGACCGUGUGGGUCGUCGUACGCUGCUCAUACCUUCCCUGCUCGGCAUGGGUGCCACCAUGUGCAUAGAAGCAGCCUUAGCCCAGGCCAACGGCGGAUUUCGCGACCCAUCUGCCAACCCGGAUGCUGUCCGUGCCGCGAUUGCCAUGUUCUUUGUCUUCUCAAUUUUCUUUACCGGCCUUGGCCUUAUCUCCUGGAUCUAUCCGUCUGAGAUCUUCCCGACAGCAAUCCGCGCCCGCGGCUCGUCGCUGGCAACCGCUACAAACUGGAGUCUGAACCUCGUCUUUGCGCAAUGCACGCCAAUUGCGAGGUCGAGCAUGGGCUUCAAUUACUUCUAUUGCUUCUUUGCUUUUAAUUGGGUGGCCGCUGCCAUCGCUUGGGCCUUUUACCCUGAAACUGCUGGUAAGUCGCUUGAGGAGGUCGAACAUAUCUUCUCAUCCGGCUCGCGGGAUGAUAUUCCACCUCCUGGAGAACCUGCGGCUUAG